AUGAAAAACGAGUUGGUUUAUAUGAAAUCUCAAAGCAUGAGAAACAAUCUGAUCUUUGGUGGAAUAGAAGAGGGUCCGGAGGAAAAACAAGCUGACACAGAGGUCAAGUUUCGUGAAUUUCUAAAAUCUAAACUAAAUCUGGCACAGGAACUGGUUACUGCAAUGAAGAUUGAACGUGCUCAUCGUAUUGGUGCUCAUAACCAGAAUGGGGGUAAUCCACGUCCUCGCAACAUUGUGUGCAAAUUCACCGAAUUCAAGGAUCGCGAAACGGCCCGAAAGCAAGGUCGGCAGCUGAAAGGCACAACCUUCUUCAUAAGUGAGCAGUUCCCUGCUGAAAUCAUGGAAGCACGACGGAGGCUUCUACCUAAACUAAAUGCGGCCAAGCAAGCCGGAAAACGGACCUGGCUAGUGUAUGACACGCUUUACGUUAAUGGGAGCCCGGUAACAUCUGAUUAG